AUGUCUGAAGUUUCAACAGUUCAUUUAUUAGAUCAAGGUGCCGGUUAUGGGAUCUUAGUAGGAGUUGGUUUUGCAUUUGCAGCAGGAAUGAUAUUAGUUACAUAUUUAUUAAAAAGAUAUUUAAAAGAAGAUAAUAAUUCUACUGAAAGUUUUUCAGUUGCGAAUAGAUCUGUUGGUACAUUUUUAACAGCUUCUGCUGUUUAUAGUUCAUGGAGUUGGGCUACUGAGUUAUUAUGGUGUAGUACAAUGGUUUAUUCUUAUGGUAUACAAGCAUCCUAUUUUUAUGCUGCAGGUCUUGCUGUACAAAUUGCAGUAAUGUCAAUGAUUGGUGCAAAUUCUAAAAAGAAAGUUCCUCAAGCUCAUACAGCUUUUGAAAUUAUUGAGUUAAGAUAUGGUAAUGCAACUCAUAUUUUAUAUGUAUUUUUGGGUUUAACAAAUAAUUUAUUAUCAUGUUCAAGUAUGAUUUUAGGAGCUUCUGGAGCUAUAUCUAUAAUUGCUGGUAAUUUACAUAUAGUUGCUUCAACCAUUUUAACAAUUUUUUCAGUUUUAUGUUAUUCAAUGUAUGGAGGAUUAAAAGCAACAUUUUUAACAGAUUUUGUUCAUACAUUAAUUUUAUUAAUUAUUUUAUGUUAUUUAAAUACUGCUGUUUUAACAAAUAUUGGAGGAUUAGAUGCAUUAUAUGAUGGAUUAUAUAAUUUUACUGGAACAAAAGAAAUUCCUGGUAAUUAUGAUAAUAGUGUUUUAACAGGAAAAUCACAAGGUGCUAUAAUUUUUGGAUUAAUUUUAACUUUUGGUAAUUUUGGUUUAUCAGUUAUGGAUAGUUCAUUUUGGCAAAAAACCUUUUCAGCAACUCCAAGAGCUACAGUUCCUGCUUAUUUAACCGCAGCUGUAUUAAUUGUUUCAAAUGUUUGGCCUUUAGGUGCUAUUCUUGGUGGUUCAGCUAUCAUAUUGGAAAGAACUCCUCAAUUUCCAACUUAUCCAAGAUUAAUGACUCAAUAUGAAGUUGAUUCAGGUUUUGCUUUACCAUAUGCUUUGAUGGCUACUUUGGGAAAGGGAGCAGUUGGUGCAUUAUUAUUAAUCAUAUAUUUAGCUGUUACUUCAACUGUUAGUGCUCAAAUGGUAUCAGUUUCAUCGAUUUUAUCUUUUGAUAUCUACAAGAAAUAUAUUAAUCCAAAAGCUGGAAAUAAAUCAAUGAUUAGAGUUUCUCAUUUAGGUUGUAUUAUUUUCACAUUUGGUGCAGCUGGUUUUUCAAUUAUGUUACAUUAUGUUGGUGUUAAUAUGACUUGGUAUGGAUAUUUUUAUCCUUUAAUUAUUUGUACAGGUGUUAUUCCAUUAAUUUUAUCAAUUACUUGGAGUGGUCAAACUGUUUAUGCUGCAUUUAUUUCACCAAUUUUAGGUAUAAUAUUUGGUUUUACAGUUUGGACUACAACAGCUUACAAAUUUUAUGGUGCUGUAAACAUUACAACUUUAGGUGGUCAAUUACCAGCAUUAUAUGGUGCAUUAAUUUCAUUAUUUUUACCAGGUGUUGCAAGUUUAAUUAUUUCAUUUGCUUUUCCAAAGAAAUUUGAUUGGGCUGUAUUACAAAAAGCUCAUUUAUUAAUUAAACCAGAUAACGAAACAAAUUCAACUUCAACUGCAUCUUCAGAUGAUUCAAUAGAAGAAUCAAGUCAAGAAAAACAAAUCAAUGAAGAGAAAAAUGAAGAUGUUGAUGUUAAUGUUGAUUCUGAUCAAUCUUCUAGUUCAUUAGAAGCUCAAGAAGUAUUUGAUAAAAAGGAUCAAUUAACUCCGAAACAAUUAGAUUUUUGGAUUAAGGUUUCAACUGGUGCUUCUAUUUUCAUAUUAUUAAUUAUGUGGGUAUUAUGGCCAUUACCAUUAUAUCGAGAUUGGAUUUUUACAAGAGCUUAUUUUAAAGGGUAUGUUACUGUUGGUUUAAUAUGGUUAUAUGUUACGUUAUUAAUUAUUGGAAUUGCACCAUUAAUUUCAGGUAGAAAAACUAUUGCUUUUAUUGUUAGAAGUACUUAUAAUGAAUUUAUUAGAAGAAAGAAAUGA